CCCGCCUGCUCUGAGUGAGGAACAAACUAAGAGCAGAAUCGCUCGCUCUAGAACUCCAGGCGGCCCCUGACAAUGGGCACGCAAGAGAGUUUUUAGGAGUGUAGAAGACGAAGGAGGACAAAUCAUGAACGCCACGGGACGGGGAGGUUCGACGGCGGGCUACGGCAACCGCAGCGAGGACCGGCGGACUCCCGAGCGAGAGUCCUCGGAGGGAUGCUACGAGCAGCUGCUGAUCUCCACCGAGGUCUUCCUGACCCUUGGCAUCAUCAGCCUGUUGGAGAACGUCCUGGUGGUGGUGGCCAUCGUCAAGAACAAGAACCUGCACUCGCCCAUGUACUUCUUCAUCUGCAGCCUGGCCGUGGCCGACAUGCUGGUGAGCGUCUCCAACGCCUCCGAGACGGUGGUCAUCGCCCUGAUCAACGGCGGCACGCUGCGCAUCCCGGUGCGGCUCAUCAAGAACCUGGACAACGUCUUUGACUCCAUGAUCUGCAGCUCGCUGCUGGCGUCCAUCUGCAGCCUGCUGGCCAUCGCCAUUGACCGCUACAUCACCAUCUUCUACGCGCUACGCUACCACAACAUGGUCACGUUGAGGAGGGCUGCCAUGGUCAUCGCCGGCAUCUGGACCUGCUGCAUCGCGUCGGGCGUGCUCUUCAUCGUCCACUCCGAGAGCACGGGCGUGCUGGUCUGCCUGAUCGGCAUGUUUUUCACCAUGCUGGUGCUGAUGGCCUCUUUGUACGUGCACAUGUUCCUGCUGGCGCGCCUGCACAUGAAGCGCAUCGCCGCGCUGCCGGGGCGCCCGCCGCUGAGGCAGCGCGCCAACAUGAAGGGCGCCGUCACGCUCACCAUCCUGCUGGGCGUCUUUGUGGUGUGCUGGGCGCCCUUCUUCCUGCACCUCAUCCUCAUGAUCAGCUGCCCGCGCAACCCCUACUGCACCUGCUUCAUGUCGCACUUCAACAUGUACCUCAUCCUCAUCAUGUGCAACUCGGUCAUCGACCCCAUCAUCUACGCCUUCAGGAGCCAGGAGAUGAGGGAAACCUUCAAGGAGAUCUUCUGGUGCUCGCACGGCCUCGCCUGCGUCUGAACUGUGAGCCGUGGGCGCCUUUCACCGAGACUGACGUGCGUUCAUCAUGAAGUUUGAAAUUAAGUCCAUCAACGCCAUCAUCGAUGCCUUCAGGAGAUGAGAGAGAGAUCUUCAAGGAGAUUUUCCACUUGCCUGUCCACUUAGAUUGCACCAAGGUCGAUUUCUCCAAGGGAACCAGCCGCCUUCCUUCAAAGUCGGGGACGACUGUUGACUGCCAAAUCUUAAUCCUAAAUCUUAUAAAGUGAAGAUCAUGCUGAUAUAUUUUGCACAAGAUUAAAUGUCAUCAACCCCCAUUGCCGAGACACCUGCAAAUGUGUGUCUUCUACUUUCUUCUAAAUUCACAUUCAUCCAAGAAAACAUUGGUAAGGAGACUCUAUCUCCUUUCCAAACAUCCUCCCUCCCAAAAGAAGAGCCGUGAAGAUCUAAAAGCUCCACUCCGACUCGUGCUUGAUUUACUGCGUCGCAAUACUUUUGUCCAGAUUACAGCUCCAGCCUUCAGUUCCCCCCCCAAGCCCUGAGUGAGUGUGUGGGAAGAAACAAGACAGAGGGGAUGUCGAGUCAUCUGAUGGCAGAAAAAAAAAAAGUGCUGAUUGCACGUGAUCGGCAAAACCGGCGCGACAUCUAAACACAAACAUACAUUCACCACAAAGACUUGAAGUGUCCCUGGCGUUGCCUUCCCCCGCCGCCCCCCGCUUUUGCUGCAGCUCCAAAAAAAGACAGGAACAUGCUCUCGGGCAAUCAUGAGGCCAGAGAAUGCACAACUGAGAGAUUGUUGCACUUAUGUAAAGUUUUUGUCAAACGACCGACUGAGCCUGAUGAAGCCAACAUCUUUAGUCCACUCAAAAAAAUUGGGGUCACAAACAUUUGGGGUUCAGGAACCCCUUACAAGGAAUACAUUUUACCAAGGUCCCUCUCAUAAUCAAAACGUCAAUUAAACAACGUGAAAUAGGAAUUUAAAAU